AUGUUUUUCUUUUUAUGCUAUCUUUCUUUAAUUUCUUUUUAUUUCCGUUUUCUUUUCUUUUUUAUCUACCCUUUCUUUUCUUUCUUUUUGCCUCCCCUUUCUUUGCUUUGUUUUGCCUCCCCUUUUUCUUUCUUUUCACUUCCCAUUUCUUUUCUUUCUUUUUGUUUUCCCUUGCUUUUUAUCCCCCUUUCUUUUAUUCGUUUCGUCUCCCCUUACUUUUCUUUCUUUUUAUUCUCCCUUUCUUUUUCCCCUCACCUUUCUUUUAUUUGUUUUACCUUCUCUUUUUCUUUCUUUUUAUUUCCCCUUUCUUUUCUUUCUUUUUAUCUCCACUUGCUUUUUAUCUCCCCUUACUUUUUUGUGUCUGCUUUCUUUGAUUUCUUUUUGCCUCCUCUUUCUUUUCUUUUCUUUUUAUUUCCCCUUUCUUUUCUUUCUUUUUAUCUACUCUUUCUUUUCUUUUCGACGUUCUUUUUUUAUUACUCAUUCCUCUUCAGCUUUAUCCUUCUCUUUUUUCUCUUUCCAUUUCUUUCAUAUCAUUUUUAG